UGUUCUUUUGUAAUAGGGCAAAUAGUGGAGGGCAGCAGGAAGCCAAGCAGAACCCUGAAGUGCUAAGGCAGAGAGAGGAGAGACAGAAGAGAUAAGAGGCUGAAGAGGGUUAACAUCAGCCUCCAAGUUAGCUUCCAAUUCUUGGUGAAACUCCCAGAGGGAGACUGAUAAAUCAUGAAGUUAAUUGCCAUCCUUUUCCUUUGUUCCAGGCUGCUAACAAGUUUCGCCCAAGAGGACCAACCACAAGAAGUUGACUGCAAUGAUGAGGAUGUAUUUAAGGCUGUGGAUGCAGCUCUGAAGAAAUACAAUGAUAGAAACAAAAGUGGCAACCAGUUUGUAUUGUACCGAAUAACCGAAGUCACCAAGACUGAAGAUGAGAAUAUAUUUUAUUCUGUCAAGUAUGAAAUCAAGGAGGGCGACUGUCCUGUUCAAAGUGGCAAAACCUGGCAGGACUGUGACUAUAAAGAAGCUGAGCAGGCUGUAAGUGUGAUGGUCCGGAGCCUCCAGUUUUCUCAAUCGAGACCAAAUUAUUCUAUUAGUGCUGUAGAGCCUGUUUGUGAGGGGCUCAAAUCUGAGGGCCCUGUGGUGACCUCCAAGUAUGAAUGCUAUGGCUGCGUGCACCCCAUAUCGACUGCCAGCCCUGAUUUGGACCCUGUUCUGAGACAUGCCAUUCAGCAUUUUAACAACCACACUAAUCAUCCCCACCUCUUUGCUCUUAAGGAAGUAAAAAGGGCACAGAGACAGGUGGUGUCUGGAUGGAACUAUGAAGUUACUUACUUAAUUCAGCAAACUAAUUGUUCCAAGGAGAAUUUUACAUUCUUAACCCAAGACUGCAAGGCCCUUUUCAAUGCUGAUUCCGGUGAAUGUACAGAUUUUGCUUACAUGGAUCCUCAGCUAAGAAUUGCUUCCUUCUCACAGAAGUGUGAGGUUUUACCAGGGGAGGAUUUUGUACCACCACCUACCAGAAUUUGCCGUGGCUGCCCCAAAGAGAUUCCUGUCGACAGCCCAAAGCUGAAGGAGGCUCUGACACAUUCCAUUACAAAACUUAAUGCAGAGAGUAAUGCAACUUUCUAUUUCAAGAUUGACAUUGUGCACAAAGCAACAUCACAGGUGGUGGCUGGAACAAAAUAUUUUGUUGAGUUCACGGCCAGGGAAACCACAUGUUCCAAGGAAAGUAAUAAAGAGUUGACUGAAAGUUGUGAGAUCAAGAAACAUGGAGAAAUUCUAAGAUGCACUGCUGAUGUUUAUGUGGUACCUUUGGAGAAUAAAAUUUACCCUACUGUCAAAUGUCAAUCAGUAGGAAAGACCUCAUUGCUGAAAAGACCUCCAGGUUUUUCACCUUUCCGAUCAGUACAAGUGGCGGAAACAAAAGAAGGAACAACUGUAAGUCCACCCCACACUUCCAUGGCACCUGUUCAAGAUGAAGAGCAGGAUUCAGACAAUGAACAAGGACCCACUCGUGAUCAUGGCUGGGGCCAUGAAAAGCAAAUAAAACAUGGGCAUGGCCAUGGCCAUAAACAUGAGCAUGACCAAAGCGAUGGGCACCAAAAGGGACAUGGUCAUGGCCAUGGACAUCAAAGGGAACAUGGCCUAGCCCAUAGACAUAAACAUGAGCAUGGUCAUGGCCAUGAAAAAUAUAAAAAUAAAGGAAAACAGAAUGGAAAGCACAAUGAUUGGAGGACAAGUUCUUCUGAAGAUAGUACUACAUCUGCACAGACACCAGAGAAGACACAAAGGCCAAAAUCCCUCCCCUCCAUAGCCCCGUCAGGUUUAGAAGUUGCCUUUCCUGAAUUUCAGGACUUAGAUCUCAUUACAGCUAUGAUGACUAAUACACCACCAACUCCCACAGAGAAUGAUGAUUCUUGGAUCCCUGAAAUCCAGAUAGAGCCCAAUAGCCUUUCAUUUAACCUGAUAACUGAUUUCCCAGAAACAACUUCCUGCAAGUGUCCUGGACGCCCCUGGAAGCCAGUUAAUGGAAUGAAUCCAACUGUGGAAACAAAAGAAUUUCAUGAUUUCGAUCUCCCUGAUGCUUUAUAUUAAUGUAUGCAGCCAUGGGUGUUUCUUUAAUAAUUCACCAUCCCCUUUCACCAUUGUCCACAUACCCUGAUAUAAUGCACCAAAAACCAUGAAGUUUCUAAACAGCCUAGAGAGAAGUGGUGAGACUCCCAAUGGGGACACAUUCAAUUUCUAUGGACAACACAAAACUGUGUGCAGGAUUCUACAUCCUUUCUGAGUCUUCCUCAUGAGUUUUCUUAACUAACACAGAAAAUGGACAAACAAAUGUGCCUUGUGGCCUACUGCAACUUGCUUUUCUAAUAACAAAUAUGUACCUUAGAGUGGAUGUCAUCGACUUUCAUACAAAGAUUCUUGCCAUUCUGAAUAAACUGUGGCAUCUGGUCCCUGAAAACAUGUGAAAAUAAGAAAAGUCAAGAGACCGUAUGUUGAACUUCUUAAUAGGGCAAAAAUAAUAAUAAAAGCUACCAGAGGUCAAAAAGGGACAACAAGAAAGACAGACUGGCCAAAGUGGGGACAGAAGGAAGUAAACUAAUUGAUUUUCUGUUUCCAAAACAGGCUAAUCAUAUCAAAUAACUACUCCCACCUCACAAAGCUAUUCUGAUAAUUCUCUUUCUGAGUCAGAGUGUUUCUCAGAAGUCAGCAAAUUCUAUUUACUCAUAAACUACUCUUUGCAACAAGGCUUUGAAAUAGGAGUUUUCUGUUUGUUUAUUUGCUGUUGAGGCUAGAAUGAGCAAUCUUCAGUUUUUAGCAGCUCUGAGUUUAAUGAUAACAAUGGAAAGCAGGAGUAGUGACAUAGAAGGAAAUCUUUUUUUAUAAUUGAGAAGGGAAUAU